AUGAACUUUGCCCGAGGCCUGAACGGUCCUGUUAGCUUGCAACAUUCUGUUUUUUCUUGGGCAUUGUUGAAGAAACUAUUGUUCAGCAAGAUGAGCCCCUUGGCGGCUCAAGCUCUACUGAAGCCAACGGUAUAUUUGAUGCCAGCCCUCCGUGAAUCACAUGCGGCGGUGUUCCGGAAGAGACCACCUCAACUCAUUGUGAAUCGGAUCAAGGAUAUUGCUCAUUUUUACUUUAUCGGGAUUGGGAUUCUGCCAGUCAUAUUGUGCUUAGCAUACAACCACAUCGUUUAUGGAACUUGCGAACUGCGAGAUUACCCCGAGCAGCGCUCAUCUCCUACUUCAUGGUGUUUUGAAAAGACACCUGUUCGUCAGUGGUGGGCAAAGCACUUCGGCGUUUCUGAUAUUGAACAUCACGAGCGGAAUCUUGCUUAUUACGAAAAAUUAGGAAUACAAGCUAGAUGGAGACAAAUUGAGCAGCGAGUAAAGCACUUGGAAGGCGAGCGCUGGGAUUACAAAGCCUGGAGCUACCAACCAACCAGUACGAGCAGCAUGGACAUUAUCCACAGUAAUCUGUUAGGCCUUUCUCUCCUCGAUCGACGGUCUCCCGUGGGCUGCUUUCUCCUGUCGAGUAGAUGUUGUUAUAUUAAGUAA